CCCUGUAAACUACAGUUAUCUUUUGCCAUAUGUGGCAUACUGGAGAAACUUGCAUUUCCAUUGCCUGACUGAAAAUGAGUAUGAAGAUGAAGAAGCUGCAGAGGAGUUUAAAAUUGCCAGCUUUGUAGACAUGGUUCGAGAUUGUAGUCGAAUCGGCAUUCCUUACAGCUCCCAAGGUCAUCUACAGAUAUUUGAUAUGUUCAUUGUAGAAAAGUGGCCAGUAGUGCAGGCCUUUGCACUGGAGGGGAUCGGUGGCGAUGGCUUCUUUACCAUGAAAUACGAGUUAAUGGAUGUCAGCAUGGAUCUGUGGAAAACAUACAGCAAAAUGGAUCCUGUUUCCCUGGAGGACUUGCUUUUUGAGGAUUUAAUGACUUUCGAGCACCAAUGGACCAGCUUUUUUGCUAAUUUUGACACUGAAAUUCCUUUCAUCCUCGAGCUGUCAGAAUCUCAAGCAGGGGAGUCAUUCAGAAGUUACUUCAGUCAUGGAAUGAUUUCAAGCCAUAUAACAGACAACAGCCCUAGCAGACAGCCUUUUGUGCUGUUUGGUAACCACUCGAGUAAAGAGAACCUGAACUCUGGUAACUUUAAUUUUCCAUCGGAGGGACAUCUGGUUCGAAAUACAGGCCUUGGUGGAAGUACUGCUAAGCACAUGGCUGUACAGUGUGUAUCUCCCAAGGGACCUCUGGCUUGUUCAAGGACCUAUAUUUUUGGAACAACUCACAUUCCUUACCUGGGAAAUGACAAUGAGAUGCACGAGAAAACUAAACAAGUGCUGUUGUCCCAAAUAUAUGCUGCUGUUGUGGAGGCUGUCCUUGCUGGUAUUGCAUGCUAUGCCAAAACUUCCAGUGCAACCAAGGCAAAAGAAACAGCAGAAGAAAUUCUUAUGUCUAUGCUUGAUUCCUUUCAUCUAAUACAAUUUAAAACUGCAUUACGCUCCAAAAUAGCUUUUCAGAUUCAAGCUGUGAAUAAUCAUGGAAGAAUUAUUCCAUUGGAUAAUGAGGAUAGCCUGUACUUAGUUAAAACCGCGGCUAUGACAAUCUAUGACAUUCCAGAUUUACUCGGAGGAAGGGGAUGCUUGGGAUCUGUUGUCUUCUCAGAAUCAUUUCUGGCAUCACAGAUUUUUAUAAAGGAAAAAGAUGGCAGUAUUAAUACAGAAACCAGCUACAUCAUUCUUACUGCAGCUAUCCCAAGAUAUGUUUCUUGGCUGGUAGAAGAUAAUGAAGUGAAACUGUCUGAAAAGGCGCAGCAAAUAGUGAAGGAAGAUGAAUCCUUCCUAGGCACUUUCCUCACAGGAGGUGAUGGAGCAUAUAUUUAUUCUAGCAGUUCACAGGUCAUGCCUGAGGAAGGUAAAUUAUACUUCUUUUCAGAUGGCAUUCUGUUUUCCCAUCCCCAUCAUGGGAGCAUUACUGUUUCAAAGAAUCAUAUGGAUUCCAUUAAGUUCUAUGAUGGGGAUUCUACCAGUGUUGUGGCUGCUCUUUUUAUAGACUUCAAAAGUUCCUUGCUUGCUCAUCUACCAGUUCAGUUCCAUACCCCAAGCAACUUCCUGAUGAUUGGACUUUUCCCAAAAUCAAAGAUCUAUAAAGCUUUUUAUUCACAGGUUUUCUCCUCAUGGCAACAGACAAACUCAGGAAUAUCUUUAAAGGUGAUCCAGGCAGAUUUCCUAUCUGUAGAACAAAAGAGAUUACUCUCCAAUAUGCAGAAGCUAUGUAAUGCCUUGUCCUAUCCUGCUGGGGAAAGAUGGAGCCAACUAAAAAUGGCCGCUAGCCUCCCAGAACUAGAGAGGUUUCUGCAACACUUUGCGGUCAGCAGUAUAAGUCGUGAGCCAGUAAUGAGAGCACACCUUCCUAUUUUGUUACAACAGUCGGAAAGCAUUCCUGUUAGCAAAGCAGAAAAUGAUAAGGUGGUUAUCACUAUUAUAACAGGGCUUCCAGGCUGUCACUCCAGUGAUCUGUGCGCUUUCCUGGUCACUUUUAACAAGGAGUAUGGAAGGUGGGUUGUUUAUCGGCAAACUAUGGAUAGCCCUGAAUGUUUCAGUGCUGCCCACUUUCAGCGUUACCUUUCAAGUGUUAUUGAGUCCCAGCAGAACCGCAGCGCACGUCAGUCCAGUUACAGUAGAAAGAAAAUGAGGCUGUUGGUGGUCUUGCAAGGAUAUACAGAUGUUAUUGAUGUUGUACAGGCACUGGAGACUCACCCUGACCCUGAUGUGAAGUCCUCUUUCAUCAUAGGAACAAUUUCUACUUGCGUAGAACCACUUAGCUGCUAUAUGGAACAUAGAUUCCUUUUUCCUAAAUUCCUGGAUCAGUGUUCACAAGGACUGGUGAGCAAUGUGGUCUUCACAAGUCAUACUACAGAGCAGAGACACCCACUCCUUGUACAACUUCAGAGCCUCAUACGAGCAGCAAAUCCUGCUGUUUCAUUUAUCUUGGCAGAAAAUGGUCUUGUAACUAGGAAUGAGGAUAUUGAGCUAAUUCUCUCUGAAAGCAGUUUUUCAAAUCCUCAGAUGAUGAGAGCUCGCUAUUUAAUGUAUCCUGGCUGGUAUGAUGGUAAGUUUGGAGCUGGUUCUGUCUUCCCACCAAUGGUUCAGAUCUGUGUGUGGUUUAGCCGUCCUCUGGAAAAAACACGAUUUGUGACCAAAUGUAAAGCAAUUAAGUCAUCAAUUAAGUCAAGUCCUUUUUCUGGAAACAUAUACCACAUUUUGGGCAAAGUUAAGUUUUCAGAUUCUGAUAAGAUGAUAGAAGUCUGUCAUAACACAUCAUCUAAUUCAUUAAGCCUUGUGCCUGUUCAGGAGGGGCCUACUCCUCCUGAUUCAAGAAAUGAUAACCGAGAUCGCAGCGGUCAGCAAGAGUGCUUCCUUGUGUUCAUUGGCUGCUCUCUUAAGGAAGAGGAUAUAAAAGACUGGCUCAGGCAAACUGCAAAGCAGAAACCUCAGAGGAAAGCCCUGAAAACCAGAGGAAUGCUGACUCUGCAGGAGAUCAAAAACAUUCAUAUGAAGCGCCACUUGGAUCCACUUCCAGCUGGUUACUUUUACAAUGGAACUCAGUUUGUGAAUUUCUUUGGGGACAAGAUGGAUUACCAUCCACUAAUGGACCAAUUCAUGAACGACUACUUGGAAGAAGCUAACAGAGAAAUCGAAAAGUACAACAGAGAGCUAGAAGAACAAGAAUAUCAUGACCUCUUUGAGCAGAAGACAUAAGCAUGCAUGUUUGUGGUAUUAAAUGCACAUAAACAUUGUGGAUUUCUAAACUGUCAUCUAUCAGUAACCGAAAAAAUGCUGACAGCCUUGCUGGUUAACAAGAAAAUGAAAAGUAAAAUGUUAGUUUUUAGCAGUUUUAAAAUGAAACUUCAUUCCUGUAAAGCUGGCAUUUUAAUCUGGUAACUACUUAGUUGUUUGUACAGUCUGGUUCACAUCCACUUCAUCUUAAUUCCAGAUCAUAAAAAGCAUCACCUGGAAUUUCUCUGAUUAGCAGUGGAAAUAUUACAUGUUCAAAACAAAACUAUGUCCUAAUAGCCCUGUGUAUGAGCAGUGAAAUUGGUCUGUGGUACAGAUAAUCAAAAACCUGGAGCUCAUUUCUUUCAAUGUCCUAUCAAACUUCCUGUACAGAAUGUACACAGGUGUCCAUAAAUGAAAAAGUGGCCAACACUUGUUACGCCCUGAAGUAUUUCAGUAUGAGAGUUUGAGUGUGUUCCUAAAGCGAGAAAUGGGGGAACACUUGAAAAGCUCUGAUCACCUGAUCUUGCUGCUGCUCUCAAUGGCUCAUUUUCUCCUGUGAUACUAUCGUUCUCAUGCAGAAUGCAUUACAGGCAGAGUGGUGUAACCUAUGACCUGACGUUGCUGGAGAGUAAAAGGGUUAUCUUGUACAUUUUCCUGUAGCCCCAACAUCUGAGCAAAUCAUCUGGGGAUGAGCAAGGUAUCUUUUGGCUGAAGAGAUGAGUUAUUCGUCUACUCAAUAUGUUUUCAAAGGUAAAAAAGAACAGUAGAGAAAUACAGAAUAGUACUUGAAGUACUUUAUCUGUCAAGCUUUUAGGAGAAUCUAUGUGCCAUAGCCUUCCACAUAAUUGAAACACUGGGUUUGAUUUUUUUUGGUUCCGAUUUGUUUUUUCAAGCUGAUGAUAUAGUGAGAAUGAUGGCACCUUGUCCGCUAAAUUAAACAAGAACUAUUUUGAAUAUGACUACAUAGAACGCUGGCCAAGACUCUGAGGUGGCUAACCUGCAGGCUACUGACCGACAGUAUUGUAGGGCUUGUUACCUUGAAAAACAGAUUACUGUAGCUCACUGUGUAUUUGGAAAUUAGUUUUGUGGAAACCAACCAUGGCUGAACAUUUUAACUUGCAUAUUCCUUUCCCUCAGGAACAGAUAAGGAUCAGCUUUUAGUGCAUCUGUGACCUUUCUGUUGAUCAGAUGUAUUUGAUGCAAUAAGAAUUUAUUGAAGGAAUAAUUCCGUAUAGUAUGCUUAUAAUAAUGAAGCAUAACUGGUGUUCAUAAGCUCUUCUGUUAAGAAAGGAAAACUAGAUUGAACUCCUACAGUCAAGUGCAAGUCUACAUAGAAAUUUGAUGCCUUAGUUAGGAAAGAAGUUCUUUAAAUUUGGAAUCUUAAAUGGCUGAAAUUUCAAUUAGACAAUAAAAAUUGGAACACUUCAGAUAAAAUUUUAGUAUACAUCACUACUAGCCUGUACUGUGAUCAUUAGGGUAUACGGAUUCCGUAAGAGAGUACAGAUUUUGAAUUCCAGGUGGUGCAGAUUAGGAUUUAAAUGUUUGUAAGGCGGCUGCUUCGUUUUUUCAUGCUAGAUGUUAAAAGUUUUCAGAAUUUAGGCAUUAUCUUGCACACCACAGGACUUGAAUAGGAUAGAAGUGUUUUCCUUAUAAAGCACAGUGAAAGCCAGCAGUUUAGUUCCAAGUUUUGUAUGCUUUCUGGGGCAACCCAUAUUGCAGGUAUAGAGCAUCAUAAUAAGGCUCGAGAAUUAUCUAUGCAUGGCUACACUUUAGUCUUUUAAUAUACUUAGUGCCUGGUAGGUAAACGUAGCUAACAGUUGAUUUCUGGGGUGUUGUCAGUGUUUAGAAACUAAGUAAAAUUGGCUAUGGAAACUGCGUAUUAAGACAGGGUUGUGAAAAUAUAAAGUUCUGUAGGUAAUAUUGCAAAAGGGGCAUUUAGACAAUAGAAUAAUUCUUUGCCAAUAUAACUUAGCGUAAACACUGUGUGCUCCUUUUUACCAUAAAUUGUCUAAUCCGCAAAAGCCAUAUAUCUAGAAUAGCUGUAUGACUAUGUAACGUCAGACAUAAAAUACCAGGAGCUGAGACAAAUGGCACUCGGUUGACACUUUGUCUCAACUUGGAAAUCAGUAACGGAGUAGGUUUUAAGUGCAAUUGAUAGAUGAAGAUACUGUAGCUUAUACUCUGCUGAACUCUCUUUAAGAAUUCUAAUUUGUGCAGGUCUUGAAAAUAAAUAUUGAUGGGCUGCUUCAUCUAGGUUUAGUAUAAUAAGCUAAUUAAAACAGAGAUGCCCUGUGACCAAAACAGGAAAUACUAAACUUAUUAAAUUGGGUUUAUUGCUGCACAAAUCAAGCUGUUUUUAAAGCCUGAAUCAGAAGAGUUCACCACAACAAAGGCAUAGUAUAGAUAUUAUAUGCUGUACUGCAUGCGGAGUGGUAACAAUAACUGUGUAAUAUGAUGAAGACCUUUCACCAUACUGGUACUAUUUCAAUUAAUAUAUUUUGGUAUUGAAAUAAUUUGAUUACCUCAGCUUUUAAUGUUUAACUGUGAUUUUUAAAAAAAUUACCGAAAUAGUGAAACUGUGACAAUGAUAUCCUUUAAACAUAGCAGUGCCUUGCAUAUGGCGCCAUUGAUGCACUAAGCGGAUUAUGGGAGUGGACGUCAUGGGUUGUAUUGCUUGCACCCUUUUUUUAAAGGAGAAACGGUUUUGGUGAAAGGACUUAAAAUUAACCUAGUGAAGAAUAUUAGCACAUAUGGUUAAAUCGUUUUUUAAAAAAACUCUUUGAGGACUAAAAUGUAUAAAUACUUGAUGCUGCUGAUGUUUUAUAGCAGUUGCUGAUUAAUUUUACUUCCAACAGUCAGCAGCCCCCCCCUUUUUUUAAGGGGGGAAAUCGUAAUUUUUGUAUUCCUGUCAGAGAUGUAUAUACCAUGCUGAACCCUAACUGCAGGGGAAUCUGGUUUUUAUUUUUUGAAGUUGAGAUAAGAAUUGGGUUAAUCCUAAAUAUCUAGUUUUUGAAAUUUUUAGCUACUGUAAAACAAAAAAAGCACCAUCUCUCGAUAAGCUGCAAAUGUUCAAAUAAGUAAAAAGUGCCAUUAUACUAUCUUUUUACUGUAUAAUGAAAAUGGAUAAGAGUAACUUUGUGUCCAGGCAUUUCUGGUAUUAUGCUGAAGUGCUAAGAGUCCUCAAAGGGUUUAUAUGCUUUGCUGACCUUAACGUUAGCAGCUUGUGUUUUUUCUCACAGAGAAUGAGUGUUGGUCAGAAGUUGCUGAAGUUAUAGGGGGGUGAAAAAUGUGACAAACUUAGCAAGGGAACACUUGCAACUUGAACUGAGCUGUGACCUACGAUUAUUUCUUUGUAAAGCUGUGGAAUUUGGUAUUCCAGUUUUUACACAUUUGUAUGAUUAUUUAGCAAAAAUGAUUGCAGGGAGGAUUUAAGUUGCAAUUAAAAGUUCCCUAAUAAGUUUUAUAUUGAGAUUUUUCUGAAUUUGCACAGAUAUAAGCUCUGGAAUACCUUGUUUGGUAUUCUUAAAAGGGAAAAUUGUAACUAGUAUAGUAAAUCGUAAACUGUGAGUUGUUAGAACAACGUUGUUAAUCUAAUUUUAGAUUGUUAAAAAUGUACCUCAAAAGGCUAGUGAGAAAUUGCUUCAUUUUUACACAAUUGUCAAAUACUAAUAUAACAAAUCUCACUUUACAAUGUGCCAAAAUUCACUUUUAUACUAGUUUUCAAUGCUUUAAUAUUUGCAACUUGUUAAGUUAAAACUUGUAUUUACAAACACUACUGUAACUUCAGUUAAACUGAAUUGUGUGAUUGAAGCUUUUUUGCUUAUUGUAUUUAUUACACAACUUGAUUCCGUAAAUAUAUAAAAUUACCUUUCCAUUUAUUUUUGUAUUGUUUUACAUGUUUAUACCUGCAGUUUGUGUGAUUUUUUUUGUUACAACUGUAAUUCCGAUGUCAUGCUAAGAACCAAUAAAGUAUAUCCAUUUGUUGUC